AUGGUGGCGGGCGAAUGGGGCUAUGCGCCGGUGCCGGCCACCCCCGCCAUGAAUGCCUUCCUCGAGACCAACCACGCACACCUCGCCUCCUAUGGACUGAAGAUGUCCCCGCAGCCGGGCUGCGGCGGUCCGCAGCACCGAGCGGCAGCCCCGCAUCCGCCACCUCAUCAUCCGCCUCACUACCAACCAUACCCUCUACACUCCUACCAACCCGGUUACCUCAGAGAAUACAGCGGCUGCGGCGAACUGUUCCCUCAACAGCCGCUGGAGCAGAGCUGGGACUGGCGAGGAGAUGUUCACUAUCAGAGUGGGGCACCACCUCUAGUACCGCACUCACACCCUCACGCCCCUCAUGCCUUCCUGCGGUACGUUCGAGCACCACCACGACGAGACAUGCGGUGUCAAUGGCUAGAUCCCGAGCAGCCACCGCCUAGGAAAUUAUGCAACAAACUGUUCUCAAGUAUGCAUGAGAUUGUGACGCAUUUGACUGUAGAGCAUGUGGGUGGACCUGAGUGUACGACGCAUGCCUGCUUCUGGCAAGGAUGCUCGAGGAAUGGGAGGCCGUUUAAGGCGAAGUACAAGCUAGUGAAUCAUAUCCGCGUACACACCGGCGAGAAGCCGUUCCCUUGUCCUUUCCCCGGCUGUGGCAAAGUGUUUGCAAGAUCGGAAAAUCUGAAGAUACACAAGAGAACUCAUACAGGUGAGAAACCAUUUAAAUGUGAAUACGCUGGCUGUGACCGUCGGUUCGCGAACUCGUCGGAUAGAAAGAAACACUCCCACGUUCACACAUCCGACAAACCUUACAACUGUCGGGUUCACGGAUGCGACAAGUCUUAUACCCACCCGUCAUCACUUCGGAAGCAUAUGAAGGUGCACGGCGCUGCUGGUGACGCAUCCCCACGGUAUGAUAGUGACGGAGAUGAUUCUUCUUCCGCGGGCAGCGUCAGCGUCACCGCGGGAGCAGCGAGUCCUCCUACAUCCAUACCUCCCCCACCGCCAGUACCUCAACAUCACCCCUCCCAGCAUCACCCUACUAUAACAGACAAGCUGGAGAGUCUAAACGAUAAGUACCUUAACCCUCACGAUCAGAAAUCCUACGAGCGACCGCCUCCACCUCAUCAUAACCAAACUCAUCUAACGAACAUCGGCGGGAACGGCAUGAUGGAGAAUAAACUCGGCUUCGGAGGACAUUGGAGUCAGUUCCAGCAGCCGGCGCCGUCAGUACCGCAUGGGGUGCCGGAGUGGUGGUGCCCGUCACAGGAGUCCUACCACCAUCACCAUUUGAUGCAUCACUCGGGCGCCGCGGCCGCCUAUUGA